GCCGCGGCCCCGCCCCGCGCCGCGCCCCGGAAGAGGCGGCGCGCAGGCGCGGGCGGCACGUGGCGGCGGCGCCAUGGCGGGCGCGGAGCGGCGGCUGGAGCGCGCGCAGGUGCGGAAGGCGGUGCAGGCGCUGCUGGCGUUCGCGCGCGGCGGGGCGGCGCGGCUGCUCGGCGAGGGCGAGAGCGUGUUCCUGGUGGUGACGGUGUGGAAGAUCCCGCGGGCCGAGCGCCUCAUCAAGCUGCCGCUGCCGCACGGUGUUCGGCCCGACACGGCCGAGGUCUGCCUCUUCACCAAGGACGAGCCCGACUUGUCGGCGGAGCAGACCGAGAACAUGUACAGGAAGCUGCUGACCCAGAGCGGCAUCACCAGCGUUAGCCAGAUCAUCUCAUACAAAACUCUCAGAAAAGAGUAUAAACCAUUUGAAGCAAAGCGUCGUCUCCUGAACAGAUUUGAUCUCUUUCUGUCUGAUGACCGAAUUAGAAGGCUGUUGCCCUCACAUCUAGGAAAACAUUUCUAUCGAAGUAAAAAGGCACCUCUAUCUGUAAACCUGAAAGCCAGCAAUCUUGCUAAGGAACUGCACAAACACAUCCAGGGAACUGUACUGCCAGUUACCAACAAAGGCUGCUGUUAUACAGCACGUAUCGGUCACACUGGAAUGAAAGCUGAUGAGAUAUUAGAAAAUGUUAUUGCUGCAGCUGACGUGAUUGCAAAGAAGUUACCAAAGAACUGGAAAAAUGUAAAAAUUCUUCACCUCAAAACAGCUAAAUCAGUUGCCCUUCCAAUUUUUACUUCACAAAUCUCCAACUUAGAUGAGCUUGACAAAGAGCCAUUUGUUGAUAAACAGGAAGAAGAGAAGGAAAAGAAAAGAAGGGAAAAGAAACGGAAGAAAGCAGGUAAAAAAAAGACUUCAAGUGAAGUUGCUGUGACAACUGAAAUUAAUGCUACUGCUGCUAACCAAGAGCCAGAGAUGAAAGAAAAAGCAGUAGUCCAAGAACCAGAUGAUGAUGAUGACGGAGAAAUUCCACAACUGGUGCCUAUUCAAAAAACAACCAGCAUAGCUGAGCUGAAGAAAACAGAACCAAAUCAGAGUCCAGAAAAAGCUGACAAACUGGGCAAGAAAACUAAAACACGCCUUGGAAAGAGAAAAAAAUCUCUACCUCAGGAGACUCCAAAAACGAAACACAAAGUUACUGAAGAGCAUGCAGACUUGCAGAUGUCACCAAAACAAAAACAAGCCAAGCAGUUCAGCAUGCCAAAGGAGGCAAUAAAGGAAAAAGAGCUGAAAAAGACUCCCAAAAAGCCUGAAGCAAAGUCUUUUACGACACCUAAAGCUGGCAAACUAGUACAGUCAGCCAAGAAAUCUUCCAAAACACCAAAAUAAACACCCAAGAAAAAAUGUACAGCCCGCAAUCGGCCUGAGUAUUGUCUAUUUUAACAUUUUAUGUAGUCAUUCAGUGGUGUCUUUUUAGGAAGCAAAUAUAUUCAUGAAAUAAUGUAACUUCUUAAUAAAAUCUGAUCCUAGGAGCUUUUUUUCCCUGA